AUGCCGAAUGAUACAGGUUUCUCGGCCUCAUCCUUGGAGUUUUUGAUAAGCAGCCUGUGCGACCUGUGUGGCCUGGGCCACGUCACAAGCUCCAUCAGCACGUAUAGGCCCUCCUCCUGGGCCUUGUUGGGUUCGGGCUCCUCAGACGCCCUUCCCAUCCCCUGGAUGACUCUGCCCACUGAGCAACAGCUCUUUAUUCCCGAGCUGGUGGAGCUGACUCCAGGGCACGGCGGGUUGGACACUGCUCUUGUUGCGGAUUCCUGUGCCAGCAGCCCUUGUCACCAUGGCAACUGCAGCAGCAGCAGCGAUGGCUACCUCUGCAUUUGCAAUGAAGGCUAUGAAGGUCCCAACUGUGAACAGGCGCUUCCCAGCCUCCCCGCCUCUGGCUGGACCGAGUCCAUGGCCCCCAGGCAGCUUCAGCCUGUCCCCGCCACCCAGGAGCCUGACAUCAUCCUGCCCCGCUCUCAGGCGACCGUGACUCUGCCCACCUGGCAGCCCAAAACAGGGCAGAAAGUUGUAGAAAUGAAAUGGGAUCAAGUGGAGGUGGUCCCAGAUAUUGCCUGUGGGAAUGCCAGUUCUAACAGCUCUGCCGGUGGCCGCCUGGUAACCUUUGAGGUGCCACAGAACACGUCGGUCAAAAUUCGGCAAGACGCUGCGGCCUCGCUGAUUCUGCUGUGGAAGGUCACUGCCACGGGAUUUCAGCAGUGCUCCCUCAUAGACGGACGGAGUGUGACUCUUCUCCAGGCGCCUGGGGGUCUGGUCCUCUUGGAAGAGAUGCUCGCUUUAGGGCACAAUCACUUCAUCGGUUUUGUGAACGAUUCCAUUACUAAAUCUAUUGUGGCUUUGCGCUUAACUCUGGUGGUGAAGGCCAGCACCUGCGUGCCGGGGGAGAGCCAUGCAAAUAACUUGGAGUGUUCAGGAAAAGGAAAGUGCAGCACGAAGCCGUCAGAGGCAACUUUCUCCUGUAGCUGUGAUGAUCAGUAUGUGGGCACUUUCUGUGAAGAAUUUGAUGCUUGCCAGAGGGAGCCUUGCCAGAACAACGCCAGCUGCAUAGAUGCAAAUGAAAAACAAGACGGGAGCAAUUUCACCUGCGUCUGCCUUGCUGGUUAUACUGGAGAGCUGUGCCAAUCCAAGAUUGAUUACUGUAUCCUAGACCCAUGCAGAAAUGCAGCAACAUGCAUUUCUAGUCUCAGUGGAUUCACCUGCCAGUGUCCAGAAGGGUACUUCGGAUCGGCCUGCGAAGAAAAGGUGGACCCGUGCGCCUCGUCACCGUGUCAGAACAACGGCACCUGCCACGCGGACGGCGUGCACUUCACCUGCAGUUGCAGCGCGGGCUUCACGGGGCCCACGUGCGCCCAGCUGGUGGACUUCUGUGCUCUCAGCCCCUGCGCGCACGGCACCUGCCGCAGCGUGGGCACCAGCUACAAAUGCCUCUGUGACCCAGGUUACCACGGCCUCUACUGCGAGGAGGAAUACAACGAGUGCCUGUCUGCUCCGUGCCUGAACGCAGCCACCUGCAGGGACCUCGUUAAUGGCUACGAGUGCGUGUGUCUGGCCGAGUACAAAGGAAUCCACUGCGAGUCUUACAAGGACCCCUGUGCUAAUGUCAGCUGUCUGAAUGGAGGCACCUGUGACAGUGAGGGCCUGAAUGGUACAUGUGUCUGCGCACCAGGGUUUACAGGUGAAGAGUGUGACAUCGACAUAAAUGAAUGUGACAGUAACCCCUGCCACCAUGCUGGCACUUGCCUGGACCAGCCCAACAGUUAUACCUGCCACUGCCCACACGGCUGGGUGGGUGCAAACUGCGAGAUCCACCUGCAGUGGAAGUCCGGUCACAUGGCGGAGAGCCUCACCAACAUGCCCCGGCACUCCCUCUACAUCAUCAUCGGGGCCCUCUGCGUCGCCUUCAUCCUGAUGCUCAUCAUCCUCAUCGUGGGCAUUUGCCGCAUCAGCCGCAUCGAGUACCAGGGCUCUUCCCGGCCAGCCUACGAGGAGUUCUAUAACUGCCGCAGCAUCGACAGCGAGUUCAGCAAUGCCAUCGCCUCCAUCCGGCACGCCAGGUUUGGAAAGAAAUCCCGGCCUGCGAUGUAUGAUGUGACCCCCAUCGCCUAUGAGGAUUACAGCCCCGAUGACAAGCCCCUGGUCACACUGAUUAAAACAAAAGAUUUGUAAUCUCUUUUGGGGGGGGGGAAUUAUUUUUCAA